AUGCGUUCCACCGAGAUCAAUCCCAUCAUACCGGGCUUCUCUCCAGACCCCUCAGUCGUGUUGAUAGAUGAUACCUUCUUUCUGUUGAACUCUACGUUUCACGUUUUUCCAGGCCUGCCAAUCUACGCUUCGAAAAACCUGACCUCGUGGAGACACAUCGGAAACGCCAUCAACAGACCAGAGCAAUUGAGUCUUGCCAGAUCAAGCACAAGGAUCUGGCCUAGAGAUGAUGCUCAGGAUGACACAGGUGAUUGCAUGCUGGCUACAGGUGGGCUGUAUGCACCAACCAUCCGUCACCGCCAGGGUACCACCUACAUUGUCUGCACCAAUGUGAUCCACCCCGAUGAUUCCAGUGACAUUACGGAGAACUUCAUCGUCUCGACCAAGGAUAUCUGGUUAAGUGAGUGGAGCGACCCGGUGUACUUCGAGUUCGAUGGCAUCGAUCCCAGCAUCUUUUUCGACGACGAUGGUCGCUCUUACCUUCAAGGGUCAGCUGGCCCGGGACCAAUGACCAAGAUCCAUUUAUUUGAGAUCGAUCUAGAGACGGGGGAGAAAAAGUCCGAAGAGAAGACGAUAUGGCGUGGUACAGGUGGGAUCUAUUCAGAGGGACCGCAUCUCUACAAGAAAGAUGGCUUCUACUACUUGGUGAUCUCUGAGGGUGGUACGCACGAGAACCAUAUGGUCACUGUAGCCAGGUCUGAGGAGAUCUGGGGCCCCUAUGAAGGGUUUGAAAAGAACCCCAUCCUUACCGCCCGCGGAACAGGUGAGUAUAUUCGCUAUACGGGACAUUCCGACAUGUUCCAAGACCAGCAGGGACAGUGGUGGGGUGUCUGUCUUGGGGUCCGGAGAGGGUCCCUCAAAAACUCGGGAUACAUCAUGGGGAGGGAGAGCUUCCUCACGCCAGCAGAGUGGCCGAGGGGAGAGUGGCCAGCUCUGAGCCAAGUCAAGCUCAACCCUGUUCUCAAGGACGGAACGGCACUCGUGCGGGUGGAAGGUACCUCGCGCCUUACAUCUGCCCCGAUGGUCGACUUUCUGUACAUCCGAGAUCCUGUGCUGAAAGACCACGUCUUCUCGAAUGACGGAGCAUCGAUCACCCUCACCGCGAGCGAGGAAGAUAUCUCGCAGUGGGCUGCGCCAGUGACAUUCGUCGGGAAGCGCCAGCGAAAACUGGAAGGCAGCGCUAUCGUGGCCAUGCAAGGUGUGUCCAGCUCUCCCAAGGCCGCGCUCAAAGCUGGUCUGGUGUAUUACAAAGACGAACAUCGCUAUGUCAGGAUCUUCUACGAUUUCUCGGCUUCGGAAAUCGUUUACGAGCUAGUGAACAAAGCGAAAGUCAUCGCCGAGAUCGAGAGAGAGAAGUUGGCUUUGGGCCCGGAUAGUAUGGUAUCACUUCGCAUCAGCUACUCCGAGACCCAACUCACACUUCUAUACAGCUGUGAUGUCAAUGGGGAUACCGUAUGGAAAGUUCUCGGAAGCUUACCGACUAUUCACAUGAGUGGCCCGGACUUCGUUGGUCCCCUCAUUGGGAUCUUUGCGAUUUCUCCGGAGUCGGGGGUGCAAGUGCGAUUUGACGAGUUGCAGGUAGAUGUGGCUGGCUCCGAAUUUCCUCGAGCCAUCAGCUCAAAUUCUAGCCGGGGGUAG